AAAGGAAUAAAUGGACAACUUGUAAUUGAGUAUGAUUUGAAACACGAAAAAGACGCUGGUAAUGUAAUUGUAGAAGGAUACUAUUUUGUUCACUACUUUACACCAAGUGGACUUCAGACCAUAGACAAGAACAUUCUAUUUGUAAUAGAUGAUAGUGGAUCAAUGAGUGGUACCAAAAUACAACAAGUUCGGGAAUCAAUGCUAACUAUUUUAGAUAAUCUGAAUUCUAACGAUUAUUUAAAUAUUCUUAAAUUCUCCACUUCUGUGCAGACCUGGUUAUCUAUGCCUGCCCUGGCAAGCUCUGAAAAUAUUGCUAAAGCGAAGACAUUUGUUAAUGACAAUCUUAAGGCUUCUGGAGGUACUAAUAUUAACGACGCCCUCCUGAAAGCCAUACAAUCUUUAAGAUCAAAUUCUAUUAAUGACAUGCGAGCCCAGAUUAUUUUUUUUCUGACAGAUGGACAGCCAUCUACUGGUAUAACAAACACGGAACAGAUACGAAAGAAUGUUAUCGAAGAAAACAAAGGCUUUGCAGCUAUAUAUUGUCUUGGGUUUGGUUUUAAUUUGAACUAUAAUUUCUUGAAGAACCUGACCUAUGAAAAUAAUGGAUUUUCACGACGAAUUUAUGAAGGUGAAGACGCUACUGAACAACUUGUGGAUAUUUAUAAUGAAAUUAAAGAUCCUUUGCUGUUAGAUGUUAAAGUUAACUAUGGUAGUAAAUAUGUAGAAUUAAGUUCAACCACUAACAACAAGUUCUACCAGUAUUUUAACGGAACCGAGAUUGUUGUUGCGGGAAAAUUAAAGAAGUCUGGUGUUCUUCCAGCUGAUACGGUUUUAGUUCAAGGAAUUUCUAAGGAUGGAAACUUGGAUUUGAAAAUGACAUCCAAAUCCGUGACUAUUCGCCCGGUUGAUGAAAAUAGCAGCAACAAGAAAUUGCAGGAUUUCCAAAAAAUCAAAGAACUGAUUGAAAAAUAUUCAAUUUACAAUAAUACAGAAUCGGAAAAAGCCAAACAAGAUGCUAUCAAAUUAGCAAUUGAGAACAAUUUUAUUACUAAAUUUACAUCAUUUGUUCUUCAAGUCAAACCUCUUUCAAUCUCACGAAAUAAAGUUAUGUGUACUACAGGAUUCGGAGCUGCCUUCACCGCGAUAAUCAGUCUCCUGAGCCUGUGGAUGAUUUAG